AUGUCAUUUAUCACUCUGUAUGAUGGAGGAACAGAUCCCACAGAACAUCUCUCAAAGUUUAACAGAAUGAUGUCGUUCCAUCGCGUGUCUGAGGACGCGAAGUGUCAUGUGUUCCCGUUGACUCUCAUGAGAUCAGCGGACAAGUGGUUCAAGAAGCAUAGGUCAGGAUCCAUUCAUUCUUGGCAUCAACUUUCCUCAUCCUUUCGAAGACAAUGCAUAGCUGCUUGGAAGGUGAGUUUUGAAGUUAAUGCUUUGGCUAACAUAAAGCAGGGACCCCUCGAAACCCUUAAGGCUUACAUCAAGCACUUCAAGGAGGAAGAAGCUAGGACCAAGAGGGUUGAUGAUGGCCAGCAGCUGAUGGCCUUGCAGGCUGGUAUCCAAGCAGGUUCCUCACUAUGGGAUGAUCUUCAGCGGAGGGGAUGCCACCAGCUCGAUGACUUCAUUCGUCAACCCCAAGAAUACGUUAAUUGGGAGGAUGCCCAUAUUGGGGCAUUCAGAGGACCUGUGUCCUUCCCCACGCUGUCAUCCCCAAAACGCCAUGGUUCCAGGAGCUCACCAGCUGGCUUCGGUGCCAUGCCAAGCAUUGAUUUCAAUGCUGCCCCGACGGGCUAUGGAGCACGUCCCACUAGAUACAAGGAUUUUCAGCUUGCAUUCAGUGCUAGAACUGUGGGUCAAGCUCAAUUCACGGUACCCAGCGAGACUUCCAGCGAGAGAAGACGCGGGGGAAAUGGCAAAGGCAAGAUGCCCAAGUGGACUGGAGCAACUCUGACAGGAUAUGGAGUAGCCCCCAAGGAGAGGUACACCUCACAAUAUUCUGAGUACAUGAAAUUGGUAGACUCUCGGGAGAAUAUCUUCGUGGUCAUGGGAUGGCAAAUCCACUACUGGAAGCCACAACCUAUCCGGAGGGAUCGGGAGAGAAGGGAUUCCAACAAGUUUUGUCGGUCCCCUAAUGAUGUGGGGCACCAUACCAAUGAGUGCCAGAAAAUUAAAGACGAGAUUGAGAAUCUCAUUAAGUUGGGACACCUCCACCAGUAUGCCAGGGGCCGAGCUGGUCCGACUCAGGCUAUGGUCGUAGGAGUGCAUCUAUAG